UAAUCACAGACUUUUUUUUUUCCGUCCUAAGGGAGGGAGCCUUUAAUAAUGAUCUAUGUAAACUGAUGCCCAGACGGCAUGAGUUCGAAGAAGCUCUGCUCCAGUAAGUUAAAACCCGGGAAAGAGCAACCCCAAAGGGCAAUCCCCGAAACCGAGAAGCUGCUUAAACAAGCACACCAAUGCAAGGGACCGCAAUGGCUCUGCUGGCGCGGAUCCUGAAAGCUACUCGCCGCCCCGCUCCCGGGCGGGGCAGGCUUCUGGGCUCUGGGCUCCUAUUGGGGGCGCGGGCCCAGGACAAAGGAUCUGGGCGACCCGGGGCGCCACGGGCCGGAGACAGGGCCGAGGGGCCCCGGAGUCUCGCGGCCAUGCCGGGGCCGCGAACCCUCGCCAACCUGGUGGAGUUUUUCUGCAAGGACGGUUUCAGCCGAAUCCACGAGAUCCAGCAGAAGCACACACAGGAAUAUGGAAAAAUCUUCAAGUCUCACUUUGGUCCUCAGUUUGUAGUAUCUAUUGCAGACCGCGACAUGGUGGCUCAGGUGCUCCGGGCGGAGGGGGUCGCGCCCCAGAGAGCCAACAUGGAGUCCUGGCAGGAGUACCGAGACUUACGAGGGAGAGCCACCGGGCUCAUCUCAGCGGAAGGUGAACAGUGGCUCAAGAUGAGAAGUGUAUUCAGACAAAGAAUUCUGAAACCGACAGAUGUGGCCAUUUUCUCUGGAGAAGUCAACCAAGUUAUUGCUGAUUUGAUUAAAAAAAUCUACAUCCUCAGGAGCCAUGCAGAAGAUGGGGAAACAGUGACUAAUGUCAAUGAUCUUUUCUUCAAAUAUUCAAUGGAAGGUGUGGCCACCAUCCUUUACGAGAGUCGCUUAGGAUGCCUGGAGAACCACAUCCCCCAGACAACAGUGGAGUACACUGAAGCCCUGGAGCUCAUGUUCAGCAUGUUCAAGACCUCCAUGUACGCAGGUGCCAUCCCCAGAUGGCUCCGCCCCUUCAUCCCCAAACCCUGGCGAGAAUUCUGCAGGUCCUGGGAUGGACUCUUCAAAUUCAGCCAAAUUCAUGUCGACAACAAGUUGAGGGACAUACAGUGCCAAUUGGACCGAGGGGAGAGGGUGAGCGGGGGACUUCUCACCUACCUCUUCCUUAGCCAGACACUGACGCUGGAAGAGAUCUAUGCCAACAUGACGGAGAUGCUGCUGGCCGGCGUUGACACAACAUCGUUCACGUUAUCCUGGGCAGUGUAUCUCCUGGCAAGGCACCCAGAAGUGCAGCAGACCGUGUAUCGGGAGAUAGUCAAGAAUUUGGGGGAAAGGCAUGUUCCAACUGCAGCAGAUGUUCCCAAAGUCCCGCUGGUCAGAGCUCUCCUGAAGGAAACCCUGAGGCUGUUUCCAGUGCUACCAGGGAAUGGCCGUGUCACCCAAGAAGACCUGGUUAUUGGGGGAUAUCUGAUUCCCAAAGGCACCCAGCUGGCCCUCUGCCACUAUGCCACCUCUUACGAGGAUGAGAACUUCCCUCGGGCCAAGGAGUUCAGGCCUGAGCGCUGGCUUCGGAAAGGAAACCUGGACAGAGUCGACAAUUUUGGGUCCAUCCCCUUUGGCUAUGGGGUGCGCAGUUGCAUUGGGCGGAGAAUCGCAGAGCUGGAAAUUCACCUGGUCAUGAUCCAGUUGCUUCAGCAUUUUGAGAUCAAAACAUCUUCUUGGACUAAAGCUGUUCACGCAAAAACCCAUGGGCUUCUGACCCCGGCGGAGCCCAUCCACGUACGUUUUGUUAACAGAAAGUAAGCCUGGCUUUGGAACCCGGGCUGGUGGAGCGGAGCUGGCUCGUCAGCAUGCACUAGGUGUGUGUGUAUCCCUGGCCACAGCAGUGGAGGAGGGGCUCUAGAGCCUGCCUUGGGAUCAACUGGCCUUCCCGGCUCUUGAAGACUUGGAAAUCAUGCUAAGGAAUGCAGUGAGAGGGCUAUUUUACUUUUGCCUGCCAGAAGUUGCCUUUUCUUUGGGGAAACAGCUGUUUAAAAAGCAGUGGCACUGAACUCUCAAGUGCCAUACUGUCCUCUACUCCGUUUUUAGUGACUGGAUGUAUUCUGUACAUUUGUGUAAAGAAAUGGUUUAGACAAAUUCAGUUCUUGAACAUAUAUGUUCUCUAAUACUGACAUCAGGGCUUAGGUAGAAGGCAACUUAUUUUUUUUCUAAUUUGAAGAGGGAACACUAAGAAUGUCUCUUGUAAUGCUGUGAUCAUGGGAUGAAAACACCAGAAACAAUGUUUUAUCCUGAGCAUCAGAUUUCGAUCCCAAAAGAAGGGUUCACAAAUUAAAAGGAUGGUACUCUUAUUCUCCUCUCCAAACCAGAGCUUGCCUUUCUAGUCAUAGCUCCUAAAGAAGAUGAAUAUUCAUUUUUAUUUGAAAGACAUAUAAAAAAGCCCUUGGUGAAAUCAAGAACAGUCAGAUUUUUUUUCUUCAACCAAAUCAAAUCCUAGCAGAUGUAGAAGAACUGAAACUAUGACAAUGUAAAAUUGUGUUGCCUGAUAUGUGAUGCAGCUUUCUAUUACUAUAACAAAUACCUGAGAUACAUCAACUUAAACAGAGAAAAGGUUGAUUUUGGCUUACCAUGAUGGAGGUUUCAGUCUAUCAUUAGGUGAAUCUUCUGCUUUUAGACUUUUAGUAGGGAGGACAGCACAUCAUGGCAGGAGUGUAUGGCCCAGCCAACCGCUCACUUCAUGGCUGAGACAUGAAGAUGAAGAGACUUAUAUCCCACAAUCCCCUUUGAGGGCAUUCUCCCAGUGACCUAAGGACCUUCCAUCAGGCCCCACCUCUUAAAGAUCACACCGGCUCCAGAGAGCACCAAGCUAGGGACCAAGCCUUUGACACAUGGCCUUUGGGGGACAUUCCAGCAGGCCAGAUCCCCACUACAGCACCUAAGUUGAGAGAAAUAAGUCAGUCAUCAUGGGAACCAGUGUAACAUUAGAAUAUUUUUAUUUCAAGGAGAAAUAAGUCUAUAAUAGCAUUUUUAUGUUUGUGUGUCAUUUUAAAUAUUCAAACUGGAAAUGAGAUCCAGCUGUUGGUGCUUAUUGGAGGCUCUAAUGGGAAGCCUUGGCUCUCAGGAAUAUUCGUUGUGCUAAGUUUUGUUGCUUUUUAUGCUGUUUCCUGGUUGCUAAUGGGAAAAAAAAAUACAUGAUUUUAUAAUGUUCUGUUCUUUCUGUCAUGCCUGAAACAUCUUAUUCUCAAUUCCAUGCUGUUUCUUUUUACAUAAUCCUUAUAAAAAAUUUACCUAAUAUAUACCAUGCAUCUUUUCCCUAUUCUACAAAAUAACCCUUCAAAAAAUGGAAAUAAUAUCCUUUUCACAUACUAUUUUUAUAAAAUAUAUGAUAACGUUGAAAUCUCUGUGUGAUGAUAGACUAGCUUAAACAUGAAUGCUAUAAAAAUAGGUAGAGUUAAGUAUGAAAUCGUGUCCUAUAAUCAGCCAAGUGUUGAAUUACUUUGAGGUAGGAGCAUAUAUAUAAACUUUUAAAAACGAGAUCAAAUUAUAUUCUGUUUGAGACUAAAAUUUAAAAGAUAUUGAGAAUUUACUAAGCAACCUCUUAUUGGCUGUGCACACUGUGCAACCCUCUAGGGAAUCGUGGUCCUGCCUGAAGUUAAGAGAGUGAAUAGUGAAGUGCAGGACAGAGGGUGACCUCACUCCCCACCCCCUGCCCAACAUCAAAGUACAAAAAGAGACACAGCAGAUAUUAUUAGGAGCCUCUGAUGUCAGGGUGCCUCAUGAAGAAAUUGGAAUUGAAUGGGAAAUAUCUCUAAAUCUACUGUCAGUAUAUGUGCAUAGAAGGUAGAGAGGGACAUGCCAAAACUAUAAGGAAUGCAAUCAACAAAAUCCAGACUACAGUUUCUGAUUUACGAAGGUUCGACCUACAAUUCUUUGACUUUACCAUGAUGUGAAAGUGAUGGGCCUUCAC